AUGGCUGCCUCGUCGGAACCUAAGGUGGCUUUGCAGAACAAUACCAACAAGAGCUGGAUCAGAGAUCGUGGCUUGCGGAAGUUGAACCUUGGUAUUGGGUUUAUGCUGUCUGCUUCGGCCACUUCGGGAUACUGUGCUAGCAUGAUCAAUGGACUUCUCGUGCUUCCCGAAUUCAACAAAUUCCUGGGUGGCCUCGAGGCAAAUUCAAGAGGUCUCAUAAUUGCAGCUGUCUCACUGGGUUCAUUUCUUGCCUUUAUCCCAGGCUCAUACAUCGCCGACAAUCUAGGCCGACGGAUUUGCGUGGCUAUCGGCUCAGCACUAGUGAUAAUCGGCGGCAUAAUCCAAAUUGCCACUCAAAACCAUUGGGUUUUCUUCGGCGCACGAGUCCUGGCAGGAAUGGGCGUCGGAAUAUCACAAACUGCCGCACCACUUCUCAUUACCGAAUCUGCUCAUCCACGCCAACGGCAGGCCUUUACUGGUCUAUACAAUGCGUUAUGGUUCAUUGGAUCGAUAACGUCGGCGACAAUCGGAUUUGCCGGGUUGUGGGUUGCAGGCAGUUGGUCAUGGAAAUUGCCCUGCCUGCUGCAGAUCUUCUAUCCGAUUUUCGAACUUAUUGGACUAUUGUUUGUUCCCGAGAGCCCUAGGUGGCUGGUCUCGAGAGAGAGGAAGGAUGAGGGCAUGGCAAUUUUGGCGAAAUAUCACGCGAAUGGUGACGAGACUGAUGAGUUAGUCGUGGAUGAAUUUGAUCAGAUUUGCAAGAGUAUCAAUGCCGAAGCGGAUGUUGAUUCGCGGCAGUGGAGCUCUUUCUUCAAGAGUCGUGGUGAUAUGCAUCGACUGGCAAUCUGUGUGUUGCUGGGAUUCAUGCAGGAAUGGGCUGGAAAUGGCGUCGUUUCCUACUAUCUAGCACCAAUCCUCGAGUCGGUGGGUAUUUAUAACGCAUCUCACCAAGCCGCCAUUAAUAUCAGCAUGCAAGUAUGGAACUUGAUGUUUGCUGUCGGCGGAGCAAUGGCGGCAGACCGCUACGGACGACGGAAACUAUGGCUAAUCGCGACAACCCUGAUGCUGAUCUAUCUCGCCGCUGCAACGACCAUGUCAGGACUUUUCCAAGAACUCGGUGUACUGGAAGCUGGCAUCGCAGUUGUGCCCAUGCUAUUCCUUUUCUGUGCCGGGUACGACAUGGCAUACAUGCCACUGUUCAUCGCCUACCCGGCAGAGAUUUUGCCCUUCCAGCUACGCGCCAAGGGUCUUGCAGUCACACUGACAACUGACUCCCUCGCUUGCUUUAUUAACCAGUUCAUGAACCCCGUGGCUUUUGCGACGCUCCACUGGCGGUACUUUAUUGUUUAUCUGGGAUGUUUGAUGGUUUUCCUGGUGCUUAUUUACCUGUUCUUCCCUGAGACCAGGGGCUUGUCCUUGGAAGAGGUUGCUCGCAUCUUUGAGGACAAGGACAAGGCAAAGACUUAUGAGGUGGAUACGCCUAGCUCGGAUGGAUCGCAGGAGUUGUUUGCUUUCCCGAAGAGUCGGGCAUGA